GAGACAUGGGACACAAUAAGCAAAGAAACUGUAAAGAACUGUUGGCGCUAUACUGGAAUUCUGCCUUUUAGAUAUCUUGUUAAAAUUUUUCCUAGUAAUGAAAACUUUGAAACUGAAAGCAUUAAUAUUUCUGAAAUUACUAAAGCACAAUGUGAAGCCCAAGAGAUCAUUGAUUUAACUGACAAUAUUAAUCUUCAAUAG